GAGGGGAGAGUGGUGGAGUAAUUGUGGCGUCUGCGGAAGGACUCGAGGGAGUCACACUGCGCGGUGUUCCCGCCGUAUUUAGCAUGACCAUGAUCUCAAGAGGCACUCUGGGCAUCUGCGCAGGGGUGGCCGGCGCGCUAUUCCUCGGCUACUGCAUAUACUUUGACCAGAGGCGCCGCAGCGAUCCCAAUUUCAAGAAGAAACUCCGCGAGCGACGUCGCAGAGCCACAAAGGGUGGGAGCGGAGGAAGCAGCUCGGUUACCUGGCCCAAUCUGAAGGACCAGGAGGCUGUUCAGAAGUUCUUCCUUGCUCAGGUCCAAGCUGGGGAAGAGCUGCUAGCACAGGGAGAGAUCGAGUCUGGAGUUGAGCACUUGAGUCGUGCUGUGGCGGUAUGCGGACAGCCUCAACAACUGUUGCAGGUUCUCCAACAGACCCUACCACCACAGGUCUUCCAACUUCUCCUCCACAAGCUCCCGGCAGUUGGCGAGAGCAUACUCCAGGCAGCUGGUGGAUCAAAAGUAACUGAAGAGGAUGUAGAGUGAGUUGUACCAACUAGCCUUGAAUUGUAAAUUAAAUUGAACUCUUAUGUGAUGUGUGGAUUUAAUCUGAAAAUAGAACAUUUUUAUACAAGUCUCUCUCUGCUUUUGACCUUAUAUUUUAAGCUCCCUGUUGCUAACUCAAAAUAAGUUCCCAUGUCAUACAUGGUCUUUUCUGUUUGUUGCUACAAAAUAGAAGAACCAGAUAUGCCUUGGUACAGUUGAACUUGGGUGCUCUGUUACUGUAUUUGUGUACAGUUUUAAAUGCAGCGUGUUGUUUUCAUAGAUUUUCUUAAAUUAUAGGUAUACUUCACAGUAUAGUUUGUCAAUAUAUAAUUUGUAAUAUAUGCAGAAGAGUAGUUUAACGGCUGUGUAUAUAUUUGUUAAGGUUCAGAAAUGUUUGGGUUUCAGAUUUCUCUUUGCUAAAACAAGUCCUACUUGAUGUACAUUUAAGCUGCUCAUUCUAACAGUAUUUGAUAAUUUGAUGUGUCAUGCAGCCUUUCGCAUAUUAUAUGGGUCAUCUGCAGUGGAGUUUAUUACUUUGUGGAAUGUUAAACGUACAUCUUUACCUUGUUGUUUUACUUCAACUAUCCACAUCUCACCACCAACUACAUUGUGUCUGUAAUAUGUACUGAAUUUUUCCGAAUUAGCAUAUUGAUUAAAUUGAAGAAUGUCGGGAUGACAGAGGAAGUUUGUUAUAAGGUACAGUGAAAAAUGUCUACUUUGUGUAAACGAAAUAUUGCCACAAUUGACCUUUUGAUGUGUGUUUGUGUGCCCGUAAUCCGAGAAAAUUGUACUAUGGAGAAGACUUUUCUAGAUGCUGCUGUCUGUAAUUAUUGAAAAUGUUUUGUUUUUUAGUCUAACUAUCUGGUAAUAAUUUAAGUAUUUCAUACAAAUUAAAUGAUGCAUAAAAUAUCAUUUAGUUAGCUAAUGGGGCAUUAGUUUGUCAUGUUUUAUAAACUGAUUAUAAAAGUGAUUUAUUUCAUCAGCACAAACCUGCUAAUUUGUAUCAUGUAAUUUUUUCCUCUAACAUUGCUUUUGUCUUGAUACUGAAGAUGUUUUAUUAGAAAGGUGUGCGUGUGCUGCCAGAUGUUCAGUAAAGUGUCUGUAUUUCCCUGGCAUUGAAACAAGUGUUUGACCAAAUAUUUCAGUGGAUUGGAAUUACAAUAUAUUGUUAAUAUAUAAGAUUACAAGUUUAUGAAUGUUGCCAGUGGCAUUCAGUGGGAUCCCUGUACAUAAAGUACUAAUUUAAGGUAAAUAAAGUUUUUUUUUUUUU